AUGUCUGCUUUUAAUUUGGCAAACCAAUGCAUGCAGCGUGCGGAGCCUGGGAUGGAGUGCAUGGCCCCACGGAUGAAACUGAGGGAUGAGGUGUUUGUCUUUGUUGAUGGGAAAUGGGUGAACGAGAUGUACUGCCAGCCACCCUUUGCUUCCCACCAAAAACUCUUUGGCAAGAAAGCACAAAAUGAGUGGGGCAUCUGGGAAGAGAACAGAACACUCUGGGAGGAAAACCAAGUCCUCCGGAUUGAAAACAGAAUGCUCUGGGAAGAAAAUAAGGCUCUACAGUGUGUCCUGUCACAGAACAAACCUGUCCAGGUCAUUUACACCGAUGCCAUCCAGCAAAGCCUCCAGCAGGAAAAUAAUCCAUUCCCAUUUAUCCAAGAAAGAAACAUGGGCUUUCCAGUCAACCCAGGCAACACAGCUCUCCAGGCGGUCCAGGGAAAGAAUAGGGUCUUGGGGGAGUUCCAGCCAGAGAACAAAUCAGUUCCCAUCAUCUGCAAAGACCAAAAAGCCAUCGCAGUCCAUGAGGAGAACAAAAAUGCCAACUCAGAUCUUCAUGAGGACACUGUCUCCAUCACGUCUGUGGAAGAAGGCAAUCCUGGCCUAGAACACCAGCAGGGACAUGAAGCUAACAAGGAGAGCACCACUUCAACCCAGAAUAAGACCAAGUCAUUCCCAAGCAUACAGGGUGAGUGUGAAGUCCUCCGGGCUGUCCAGGACUUAUAUGAAUUCCUCCACAUCUUCCUGGAAAUAAAUCUUUGCCAUGGGAAGAAACAGGACCGUCCCAUUCUCUAUGAUGUGGACAGAUCCUUCCGAGAAGAUUACAAGAAAUUGAAGCGGCAGCUGAGUGCUGUGAAGAACACAGUGUCAGACAUUACAUUUCAAAUGGCAAUGCUGGAAAACGAGCUCAUUGCCAUCACUCGCCCAGCAUAUGAAGGAGAAAGAGAGCAGCUGGCAGCUGAGCAUCAGCUUGGAGAGAUGUGA